AUGGCAGGCGGCCACGUCUGUCUCACCUACGAGGACAUCAACCGUGCCCUCUCCGAGGCGAAGAUGAUGCUGGGCGUCUUUUCGGUCCCUUUCGAGGUGAAGGAGCUCUCCUCUGACUACCCCAAACCGCAGCACAUUGCCAAGGUGGGCGAGAUACUGCUGCAGGCGUCGGUGAUCCUGGCGCAGAAGCACGGCCUCUCCAAGCAGGCCCUCCUCUACGGCCUGCCUCGCAUUGACACCUACAAGACGGCCAUCAGGGAGAUCUGUCCGACCUUUCUGAAGCCGGUCAAGUGCGAGAUCAGCAAGUACCGCACACUCAGCGGCAUGUGCAACAACCUGGACUACCCCAGCUGGGGCAGCUCCCGGUCGGCCAUGUUGCGCUUCCUUCCGCCCGACUACGCUGAUGGUCUGACUGCGCCUCGUCGUGCCAAGUCCGGUGAGCCACUUCCGCCACCGCGCAUCGUCUCCUUCAUGUUGCACCAAGAUGUGAGCGACUACGACCACGAAGUUACCUACCUCGUCAUCGCUUGGGGACAGCUGCUCGAUCACGAUCUCACCUUUGCCGCUGUGCCUAGAGACAAAGAGGAGAAGCCCAUUCAGUGCUGCAAGUAUCCACCGGCACAGCGACACCCCAGCUGCUACCCCAUAUCCAUUCCAGCGGAUGACCCCUUCUACAAGUUCUUCAACCGUCAGUGCAUGGACUUUGUGCGGACAAUGCCCGGCGUCAAGCCGAACUGCCUGCUGGGGCCACGACACCAGAUCAACCAGGUCUCCUCGUACAUUGACGCCAGUCAGGUGUACGGCAAUGCUCAGUCAACGACGAAGCGACUGCGAGAGUUCAACGGCGGCCGAAUGAAGGUGCAGGCGGGCUACCGAAACAUGGGCUACAAAGACCUGUUGCCCAUGAAGACGCGCAAUCCUGACAGUGGCUGCGAGCGAAGCGGCCGCGGUCGCAACAUGUACUGCUUCGAUUCCGGUGAUGUGCGCUCCAAUGAACAGCUGCAGCUGGCAGUAAUGCACACCAUCUGGCUGAGACAGCACAAUCAACUGGCGGAGAAGCUGGCCGAGGUCAAUCCGCACUGGAACGAUGAGAAGCUCUUUCAGGAAGCCCGGCGAAUUGUCGGCGCUAUGGUUCAACACAUUACCUACAAUGAAUUUCUGCCCAUUAUUGUGAGCAACAAGAUCAUGGAGAAGUACGGCAUCAGUCUGCAGAAGCACGGCUACUACAAUGGCUACGAUCCAAAGACCAAUCCAGGCAUUCGAGUGGAGUUCCAGGGCUCGGCUUUCCGUUUCGGUCACUCCAUUCUUCCUGACACCACCGAGCGGUACAACAAGUUCCACAAAAAGCUAGAAUCAAUCCGCCUCUCAACUAUGCUCCGACAGCCGUACCGCCUUUACCAGCCUGGCGUCGUGGAUAGCUUCAUUUUUGGGCUGAUCAAUCAGCCGGCGUACCGCGUCGACUCGGAGAUCACCACCGAGGUGACGAACCACCUCUUCGAGAAGCCGGGCGACAACUUUGGCAUGGACCUGGCGGCCAUCAACGUGGUGCGCUCCCGAGAGAUGGGCAUUCCCGGGUACAAUGACAUUCGCGAGUACUGCGGCAUGUCUCGCAUUCGCCACUUUGAAGACCUUUUCGGGCUGAUCGACAACAACACCAUCCACCGGUACCUGGGCCUGUACCAGAGCGUGGACGACAUUGACUUCUGGAGCGCCGGCAUUGCCGAGUAUCCGCUGAUGGGCGCCAUGGUCGGCCCCUCCUUCGCCUGCAUCAUCUCCGAGCAGUUCGCCCACAUUCGCAAUGGAGACCGAUUUUGGUACGAAAACGAAGGCUGGCCGUCGCAGUUCACGCCGGAGCAGCUGAAGGAGCUACGCAAGGUGAAGCUUGCGAGACUUUUCUGCGACAACGCCGAUGACAUCGACACUGUGCAGCUGUAUCCAAUGCUGGCGGCUCAUCCUGCAACCAAUCCUCGAGUCUCCUGUCACGACUUGCCAGCUAUGGAUUUAUCGCCUUGGCGCGAGAUGUCUGCUCCCUACUUCGGCUCCGACUACGAGGACUACAAGAGCGGAAAAGCGGCAGCUUCGAAAGCGGCGGCAGCAGCAGCCAAAGCGAAAGCCUAG